GCAACCCAGUCAUAAUUCACAUGGAUAGUUUCCGUGGUGCUCAGGUCGAGGAGCUCAUGCAAACGUGCUUCAAGGAGUUGGAGUCGCGCAACAGAGGCCCUCCGCAGCUCAUCAUGGUGAUCAAGCAAGAUAAGAGCGUUGGAUCCUACGGUGACAUUAAGCGCAUGUCUGAUACGGUGCUGGGAAUCCCCAGUCAGUGCAUCGUUUCCCAGAACGUUCGCAACGCGAAGCCGCAGUACUGCGCCAACGUCUGCCUGAAGAUCAACAUGAAGUUGAGUGGAAAGAACUCGAUUCUGCGCGAGUCGUUGCCGCUGGUGAGCGACGCGCCAACGAUCAUCAUCGGUGCUGAUGUGGAGCACCCUCGCUCGGGCAUGGGGUCGCGGCCGUCGAUUGCCUCGGUUGUUGCGUCGCUCGAUCGUUACUCGGCCAAGUACGUCGCGCGUGUGGCUGCGCAGAAGGCUUCGAGUGACAUCCAGCUCCUGCCGCACAUGCUGCGCGACUUGUUCUUGGCGUACUACCAGAGCACGAACCGCAAGCCGGAGCACGUGAUCUACUACCGUGACGGUGUCAGCGAGGGGCAGUUCUACGACAUCUUGCAGACGGAGAUGCGUGCGCUGCGCAAGGCCUUCAAGAUGAUCUCGGACGGCUACAACCCGCCGGUGACCUUCAUCAUUGUGAACAAGCGGCACCACAUGCGCGCGUUCCCGAUCAACCCGCGCGACGCUGAUCGCAAGGGCAACGUGGUGCCCGGCACUGUGAUCGACACGGGGAUCGUCGACUCGCACCGCUUCGACUUCUUCUUGUACGGCCACAGCGGUAUCCAGGGCACGAGCGUCCCGUGCCACUACACGGUGCUGCACGACGAGAACAAGCUGUCGGCGGAAGACGUGCAGCGCCUCACGUACCAUCUCGGGUACACGUUUGCAAGGUGCACGCGCUCGGUGUCGUUCGCGACGCCGGCGUACUACGCGCAUUUGGCUGCGGGUCGCGCGCGCUUUUUCCUGAACGAGGGCUCGGACGGUGCAUCCACGGUGGGCUCGUUCAACUCGAGCUCGUCCAACUUCGACUUCACGGAGCUGCACAACGACCUCAAGAACUGCAUGUUUUUCAUUUAGGCGCGGCAAGUGUGAGGGAUGCCGCUGGAAAUUACGACGCUGGAAGGGAGACUCGAUCCGAGGGAUGGAGACGAUGAACAGUAAGUGGACAGGCUGACUCGUGCCACCUAACAAAGAGAUUGGAAUGAAUGAAUAAGGAUUGAAUUGACUAUCGAUGUGAUAUUGCGUGUGAUUGAUUCCUUUGGCCUAGCGUUAUCGGGUGGAUUACCAUGUUGAGUGAUCAGAGGUGGUCGAAGGCUUCAGUCUGCUUGCCUCAUUCUCCAAGACUCGCCCUCGAGAUGACUGUCAAGACCGUGUUGAUCACUGGAAGCAACCGUGGCAUCGGCCUGGCCUUCACCAAGCACUAUGUGGACAGCGGCUGGAAGGUUUUCGCCGCUGCUCGGGACCCACAAACUGCCAGCGAGGUGCGUUGACUGACUCACUCGGGCCUUGAAUGGAUUCCUGGUCUGAUCUCAGCAUGUUUUGCCGUGUAAACAGCUCAAGGAGCUCAAGCUGGAGAAGAUUAUUCAGGUCGAUACAAGUGAUGAGGACUCCAUCAUUGCUACUGCUGAGCAGCUCAAGGACGAGCCCAUUGGCUUGCUGAUCGACAACGCCGGCAUCGGGGGGCGAGACGGACUCGACACGACCACUAAGGAUGAUGAAGCAGUUCGAAGUCAAUACCAUCGGCCCAUUCCUUAUGACACGCGCGUUCCUGCCCAAUCUCAAGCUCGUAGCAGCGAAGAGCGGCUCGGCCAAGGUUGUUCACGUUUCGUCUCGCAUGGGAAGCAUCGCAUGCACUGAUAUCGGCGGUCUGUUCGGAUAUCGAGCUUCGAAGGUGGCGCUCAACAUGGUGACCUCGCGCAUGACCUGAAGAAGGAAGAGAUUAUUGCGCUGGUGCUGAGCCCCGACACCCGCAUGACCGAGCACAAGGGGCAAACCAGUCCGGAGGAAAGCGCGGAGGGGAUGGCGAAGGUCAUCGCAAAGGCGACUAUAGAAGAUACAAGGAUGGUUGAAGCUUUAGAGUCAAACGCUCAUCGCAGCUGACUCUUACUACAAACUGAAGCCACACCAAGUCGCGUAGCUUCGGUGGCCGAGUCUUCGUCGUGGCCACCGCUACCACGACGACAUCAAGCUCAUGGUCGAGACGGGUCUGCAGUCCUUCCGGUUCUCCACGUCGUGGUCGCGCGCCAUGACCUGGGACCCGGAAACGCGUCGAAUGCGCCCCAACCCGCCCGGACUCGCGUUCUACCACUCGGUCAUCGAUGAACUGAACGCCAACGGCAUCACCCCCAUCCUGACGCUGCACCACUACGACCUGCCCCUGGCCCUGCAGACCGAGCUCGACCCUCAGGCGUGGCUCAACCCCGACAUCUCCAGCCACUUCGAUGACUACGCGGCGCUCAUGUUUAACGAGUUCGGAAGCAAGGUCAACUUCUGGACUACGUUCAAUGAACCGCUCGGCUUGGUGGGCUAUGCGUACGGCAUGGGGUUCCCCAACAUGCCUCCGGCCCGCAGAGGAUCCCCCACGGAGGCGUACGAGGUGUCAAAAGGAGUUCUCAUGUGCCACGCGAAGGCUGUCAAGACGUUCCGGGAGCUGAGAGAGGCUGGUGUGGUGGCCUCGGGCGCUCGCAUUAGCAUGGUGCUGGUCUCCAGCUACUUCUACCCGCUCGACGAGUCCAACCCCAAGGAUGUCGCCGCCGCUCAAAGAGCAAUGGACUUUGACAUGGGCUGGUUCCUGCAGCCGCUCCUCACGGGCGACUACCCCGCCAUCAUGCGUGAGAUUGCCGGUGACCGUCUUCCUCGCUUCACGGCCGAGGAAUCCGCUCUCCUGAAGGGAUCGUACGACAUGUUCCAACUCAACCACUACUCGAGCCAAGCCGUGACUUCCUGUGAUUCCCCGACGUCGACGGUGGACUGCGCGUCGCUAGCUCCGGGCUGGCAGGCGGACAAGGGCGUGGACGACUCGCACAUUAUCCCCGGGACGCUGCACCCGAAGCCGGACCGCUUCGGCAACAACUACUGCGCGAACCUGUUCACCCCGUACCCGCCGGGAUACCUGGCCAUGAUCAAGUACAUGCACGCGCAUGACCCGACCGUCGACAUCUUGCUGACGGAGAACGGCUGGUGUGGCAACGAUGAGAUCGAGAACAUGGACCAAGUCCACUUCUUCGAGGCGUUCGUGGAGCAGGUGCACAAGGCUGUGGUCGAGGAGAAACUCCCCGUCAUUGGGUACACGGCCUGGUCCUUCCUGGACAACUUCGAGUGGGGCUCCUACAAGCCUCGCUUCGGCCUCUACUACGUCAACUGGACGAGCGAGACGGGCUCGCCCGAUUUCAACAACCCCAAGCCGACCGACCUCGCUCGCAUCCCGCGUCCGUCGGCCAGGUGGUUCCAAAAGCUCUCCACCUCCAGGUGCCUCGACAAGGUCAGCACCAGUAGCACCAUACUGGCUUUUGAGGAACCGACGAAGGAUAUCACCGAGUUGUUCGGAGCUCCUCUGGUCAUGCUUGGCGUUGUGGCGCUCGUUCUUCUGGUGGGGAUCAAGACGCAACAGCGCAGUCAGAACGACGAACGCACCCCGCUCGUGUCGGCGAAUUGAUCAGUCUAACAACCAAAGUCGCUACAUAUCGGCAUGAACAUGUAUGCUUGCAAUACAACAACCGCUUGUCCGUUGACAGACUCCAUGCAAUGCAAUGCAUGGAUUAACUGGUUAGGAAAACUCGACAAAGUUAACAUCGUGGGAGACCGUUCAUAGUUGCAGAAGUACUGAAGCCUACAGCAAGCGAGUUGCUUCGUUGGCCGAGCCUUCAUCGUGGCCACGGAAGUGGCGCCAGAGGCGGCGACCGAAGAGGAAGACCAGCACAACCACCGCCACGAAGGCCGCAGCAGCGAACGCCACGAUGCCGAACAGCCAACGCCACACAUGGCGACUGUGACCGGUACUCUCGGGUGUCGUCGCAGUGGUCGCAGCAGCCUCCUUCUCCACUCCCAGACACUUGGUCGACGCCACCUUCUGGAACCACUUGGCCGACGGACGCGGGAUCCGAGCGAGGUCGGUCGGCUUGGGCUCGUAGAAGUCGGGUGAGCCCGACUCGGACGUGUAAUUGACGUAGUAGAGGCCGAAGCGCGACUCGUAAGACCCCCACUCGUAGUUGUCGAGGAAGGACCAGGCCGUGUAGCCGAUGACGGGGAUGUGUUCCUCCGUGAUGGCCUUGUGCACUUGGUCCAGGUAGGCUUGGAAGUACCAAAGCUGGUCCUGGCUGUCGAUCUCGUCGUCUCCGCACCAUCCGUUCUCGGUGAGCAGGAUGUCGGCGGAGGUGUCGUGCUUGUGGAGCCACUUGAUGGUCUCGAGGUAGCCAGGCGGGUAGGCAGUGAAGGACGCACAGUGCGA